AGGCGCGCAGCCGGAGAGGAGGGGGCGGCACCCGGGAUCUGGCGCGGCUUUUGCCUUUUGCGCCAGCCUGAGCUCCUUUAGGGUCUCCACCGCCGUGCUUUCACCCCUCAGGGAGGCGUCGGUGAUUCGGUCACAGCCUCAGCCUCCGUCGCUCUGUGACCUGCGGGUAUUGGAUGAUUCGUAGCUGAGACUCCGCUACACCCCUGAAGUGGGGAAAUGGAACUCUUAACAUUCAGGGAUGUGGCCAUAGAAUUCUCUCCAGAAGAGUGGAAAUGCCUGGACCCUGCCCAGCAGAAUUUGUAUAGAGAUGUGAUGUUGGAGAACUACAGGAACCUGGUCUCCCUGGGUGUUGCUAUCUCUAACCCAGACCUGGUCAUCUAUCUGGAGCAAAGAAAGGAGCCCUACAAAGUGAAGAUACAUGAGACAGUAGCCAAACACCCAGCUGUGUGUUCUCAUUUCACCCAAGACUUUUUGCCAGUGCAGGGGAUAGAAGAUUCAUUCCACAAACUUAUAUUAAGAAGAUAUGAGAAAUGUGGACAUGAGAGUUUACAAUUAAGAAAAAGCUGUAAAAGGAAGGUGCAGAAAGGAGGUUAUAAUGAAUUUAAUCAAUGCUUGUCAACUAUCCAGAGCAAAAUAUUUCAGUGUAAUGCAUAUGUCAAAGUAUUUAGUAAAUUUUCAAAUUCAAACCAACAUAGGAUAAGACAUACUGGAGAGAAACACUUUAAAGAAUGUGGCAAGUCAUUUCAGAAGUUCUCAGACCUAACUCAACAUAAAGGAAUUCAUGCUGGAGAGAAACCCUACACAUGUGAAGAAUGUGGCAAAGACUUUAAAUGGUAUUUAAUCUUUAAUGAAUAUAAGAUAAUUCAUACUGGAGAGAAACCCUUCACAUGUGAAGAAUGUGGCAACAUCUUUACCACAUCCUCAAACUUUGCUAAACAUAAAGUUCAUACUGGAGAGAAAUCUUACAAAUGUGAAGAAUGUGGCAAAGCCUUUAAUAGGUCCUCAACCCUUACUAAGCAUAAGAGAAUUCAUGCUGAAGAGAAGCCCUUCACAUGUGAAGAAUGUGGCAAAAUCAUUACCUCAUCCUCAAAUGUUGCCAAACAUAAGAAAAUUCAUACCGGAGAGAAACUCUACAAAUGUCAGGAAUGUGGCAAAGUCUUUAAUAGGUCCACAACCCUUACUAAACAUAACAGAAUUCAUACUGGAGAGAAACCCUACACAUGUGAAGAAUGUGGCAAAGCCUUUAGUAGGUCCUCAGUUCUGAAUGAACAUAAGAGAAUUCAUACUGGAGAGAAGCCCUACAAAUGUGAACAAUGUGGCAAAGCCUUUAGACAAUCCGCAACCCUUAAUAAACAUAAGAGUAUUCAUACUGGAGAGAAACCCUACACAUGUGAAGAAUGUGGAAAAGCCUUUAGUCGGUUCACAACCCUUAAUGAACAUAAGAGAAUUCAUACUGGAGAGAGGCCCCACAAAUGUGAAGAGUGUGGCAAAGCCUUUGGAUGGUCCACAGACCUGAAUAAACAUAAGAUAAUUCAUACUGGAGAGAAACCUUACAAAUGUGAAGAGUGUGGCAAAGCCUUUGGAUGGUCUGCAUACCUGAGUAAACAUAAGAAAAUUCAUACUGGAGAGAAACCUUAUAGAUGUGAAGAGUGUGGCAAAGCCUUUUUAUGUUCCAGAGCCCUGAAUAAACAUAAGACAAUUCAUACUGGAGAGAAACCUUACAAAUGUGAAGUGUGUGGCAAAGCCUUUGGAUGGUCCACAUACCUGAGUAAACAUAAGAAAAUUCAUACUGGAGAGAAACCUUAUAGAUGUGAAGAGUGUGGCAAAGCAUUUAGACGUUCCAGAGUCCUGAAUAAAUAUAAGACAAUUCAUACUGGAGAUAAAACCCCCAAAUGUAAAGGAUGUGGCAAAGCCUUUAAGCGGUCCUCAUACCUUAAUCAACAUAAUAAAAUUUAUACUGGAGAGAAACUCUAGAAAUAUGAAGAAUGUGGCAAAGCCUUUGGAUGAUCCACAAACCUGAAUGAACAUAAGAAAAUUUAUACUGGAAAUAAACUAUACAAAUGUGAAGAAUGUGGCAAAGCUUUUGGAUGGUCCACAACCCGAAUGAAAAUAAGAAUUCAUACUGGAGAAAAACCCUACAAAUGUAAAGAAUGUGGGAAAGCCUUCAGACAGUCCGCAUACCUGAAUCAACAUAAGAAAAUUCAUGCUGGAGAGCAACCCUACAAAUGUGAAGAAUGUGGGAAAGCUUUUAGAUGGUCCACGACCCUGAAUGAACAUAAGAAAAUUCAUAUGGGAGACGAAUCCGACAAAUGUAAAGAAUGUGGGAAAGCCUAUAAACGGUCCUCAUCCAUAAAUAAACAUGAGAAAAUUCAUAAUGGAGAGAACACCUACAAAUGUAAGGAAUCUGGCAAAGUCAUUACCUCAUCCUCAAAUUCUGCUAAACGUAAGAGAAUCCAUACUGGCGAGAAACCCUAUAAAUGUUUAGAAUGUCAUAAAACCUUUAAUAGCUCCAAAACCCUAAUUGAACAUAGGAUUCAUACUGGAGAGAAACCCUGCACAUGUGAAGAAUGUGGCAAAGCCUUUAGACAGUCCGGAAACCUUUACAUACAUAGGAGAAUUCAUACUGGAGAUAAACCAUACAAGUGUAAAGGAUGUGGAAAAGCCUUUAAGCUGUACUCCAGCAUUCUUAAACAUAAGAGAACUCGUACUGGAGGAAUGUCUUACCAGUAUGAAGAAUGUGGCAGUCUUUAAAUGUUCCUUAAUCUUUUCUAAUCGUAAGAUAAUUCAUAAUGGAGAGAAACUCUAGAAAUGUGAAAAAUAUGAGAAAGCUUUUAACCACACCUCACUGUGUUCUAAACAUAAGAUAAAUGAUACUGGUGAGAAGCCAUAUGAAAAUUUAAAAUGUGGCAAAGACUUCAAAUUCUUUCUUUUUUUUUUUUUUUUUGAGACAGAGUCUUGCUCUCUUCCCCAGGCAGGAGUGCAGUGGCACGAUCUUGGCUCACUGCAAGCUCUGCCUCCCGGGUUCACUUCAUUCUCCUGCCUCAGCCUCCCGACUAGCUGGGACUACAGGUGCUCGCCACCAUGCUAGGCUAAUUUUUUGUAUUUUCAGUAGAGAUGGGGUACCACCAUGUUAGCCAGGAUGGUCUUGAUCUCCUGACCUCGUGAUCCGCCCAUCUCAGCCUCCCCAAGUGCUGGGAUUACAGGCGUGAGCCACCAUGCCCGGCAGACUUCAAAUUCUCAUCACAUCUUACUGUAUGUAAUUACUACUGAAGAAAACUAGAAAUACAAAAAAUGUGGCAAAACUUUUAAUCAAUGCUCAUAUCUUUUUGCAUGUGAUAGCAUUUAUACAUGAGGAUAAUUGCACAAAUAUAAAAAUACAAAAGCCAUUAAUUUCUACUCACAUCUUACCAGAUAUCAGAAUUUAUGGUUAACAAAAGCAUUAUAAAUGUAAUUUCUGUUGAAAGACCUUUUAGAAAAUAUAGGCCAUUAAAGUGAAGAAGAGUAUUCUUGACAGGCAAUACAAAUAUAAAGAGGGUUGUAGUACCUGUACUUGUAUCCUGGAUCUUACUGUACACAUUUUGUACUAGCGGAAGACUCAGAAGCAGUUGCUCAAACUUUGUUCAACAUCAGAGAAUUUAUAUUGGAGCGAAAUACUACAAAUGUAAUAAAUGUGGAAAAACAUCUGUUCAAAAACUGCAGGUUAAGAAACACUAGAGAGUUUAUAUUAGAAGAGAAUUUGUAGAUGCAAUAAAUGUGGAGAAAUAUUUAGGCUAAAAUUAAGCCUAUGUAAACAUCAGAGGAUUUACUGGAGAAAGAACUAAGGAACUAACACUUUACAAGAAAUCAGAGUAUUAAGUGUAAAAAAAUCCAAAGUUCAACCUGUUAGAAACUUUCUUUGUUGGCCGGGCACGGUGGCUCACGCCUGUAAUCCCAGCACUUUGGGAGGCCGAGGCGGGCGGAUCACGAGGUCGGGAGAUCGAGACUAUCCUGGCUAACAUGGUGAAACCCCAUCUCUACUAAAAAUACAAAAAAUUAGCUGGGCUUGGUGGCGGGCGCCUGUAGUCCCAGCUACUCGGGAGGCUGAGGCAGGAGAAUGGUUUGAACCUGGGAGGCGGAGCUUGCAGCGAGCCAAGAUCGCACCACUGCACUCCAGCCUGGGCAACAGAGCAAGACUCCACCUCAAAAAAAAAAAAGUUUCUGCGUAUAUAAGUUGAAAAGAAGUAGAUUUUUGAAGAGAUUUCAUUCAAAGUAUAUUUUUUUACUUGAAAAAAGUAUACAUUUUUUGAAAAGCAAAUAAUUCAAAUCCAAAAUUAUAGUAUUUCAGUUUUCUCAUUUAUGUGAAAACGUGAUGAAUUAUUCCUGCACCAGAUAUAUGAGAAAUUCCAUUAGGUGGGCAGUAUUCAUGAACUUUUACAUGAAAGAGAAAAAACAGAAAUGAAAGACGCCUGAGGAAAAUCUAAGCAGAGAGGCUUUUUGUAGUUGACUUAGAGUGAUGCAUGAAGUAGGUGUUCAGAGUAACAUUUUGCAUUAUUGUGAGAAACAAUCUGAAUUUUAGUAGUAAAUUGUUUUACCAAUUGUACAUUAAUAAAAUGCUGUAAAUUUUUAAAUUGUCUUUUAAGAUCAUGUGUAAACUUAAUUUUUUUUUUUUGAGAUGGAGUCUCAAUCUAUUGCCCAGCCUGGAGUGCAGUGGCACAAUCUUGGCUUACUGUAACCUCCGCCUCCCAGGUUCAAGUGAUUCUCUUGCCUCAGCCUCCUGAGUAGCUGGGAUUACAGACGCACACCACCAGGCCUGGCCACAUUUUGUAUUUUUAGUAGAGACAGGGUUUCAGCAUAUUGACCAGGCUGGUCUUGAGCUCCUGACCUGGUAAUCUACCCGCCUCAGUUUCUCAAAGUGCUGGGAUUCCACACUUGAGCUAUCGCGCCUGGCCUUAACUUUUUAAAUAAAAUUAUUAAUGUGUAGAAAUUAUUGUGCCUUGAAUGAUGUGUUAUGCCACCAGCUUUCACCUAUUCCACCUUACUCAAGGGUAUACGUAAGAGAUGCUAACAAUGUACUAUCUGAUAACAUAGCUGAAUGACAUUUCUAGUCUAUUUUUCCAAUGGCUUUAAACAGCAAGUAAACUGAAUAUUGUUCCCAUGUUGCAUUUUUAUUCUUAUUUAAAUUUUUAAAAAGUUUUUGUGGGUACAUAAGUGUAUGUAUAUAUUUAUGGUAUAUAU